AAGUCCCAACUGGACCUGAAACCAGCAGGAAGUUCUGCUGGAUCUGGCCGGCGCCGCCCGCCGUCAUUAUUUUUAACAAACACCAAAACGCUUUAGUUUCAUGUCGCCUGGGAUCACCGUCACGUCCAGAACCGACCCAAAGCCGACUCCAUCUUCAAAGCUCAACAGGAAGUGAAGGUCAUGCAGAGGUCGCAGGAAGGCUGCGAAGCCUGAUAUGGACAUAAACAUGCUCACGGACCCCAGGAAGAACCUCACGGUGCCACCGAACCUGACCCAGCUGGCCUCGGAGAACAUCGAGCAUUACCUCAUCAACCUCUUCCUGUCUGGGUUUUACACCCUGAUUCUGUUUCCUGUCGGCCUGGUGGGGAACGUCCUGAUCCUGGUGGUCAACCUGGCCCACUGGGGCCGGCUGUCGGCGCCAGACCUGUACUUCGCCAACCUGGCAGUGGCCGACUUGAUCCUAGUGGCCGACUCCCUGAUCGAGGUGUUCAACCUGAAGAAGGGUUACUAUGACAACGCCGGCCUCUGCACCUUCAUGAACCUCUUCCAGCAGGUCAACCUGUACAGCAGCGUCUUCUUCCUCACCUGGAUGAGCAUCGACCGCUUCGUGGCGCUGACCCGAAUCGCUGCAGGCGCCUGCACCGCACACGCCUGCCGCAGCUGCUGCCUCAUCUGGGCAUUUGCAGUGCUGCUCACCUUGCUGCCGUUCGCCGUCGCCCAGGUGCAGCACUCCGGCGAACUAAACUUCUGCUUCGCCAACGUCAGCCAGGUGCAGUGGCUGGAGGUGACGCUGGGCUUCCUGCUGCCGCUCUGCAUCCUGGCCGUGUGCUACUGGAGGAUCACGCAGGUGCUGCGGCGCAGCCAGAGGCAGCGGUGCAACCUGCAGCAGCGGCCCCGCCGGCAGCGAGCGCUGCGCAUGAUCGCUGCCGCCGUGCUGGUCUUCUUCAUCUGCUGGCUGCCAGUGAACAUCUUCAUCAGCGUUCAUCUCCUGAGCGGCGCCGACACGCCGGGCGCCGACACGCUGUGGGAGCUUUACCCGCUGACGGGCCACGCCGUCCGGCUCGCAGCCUUCUCCAACAGCUGCCUCAACCCGCUAAUCUACGGCUUCCUGGGUGAAACGUUUCGGAAGAAGCUGAUGCUGUUCCUCCAGGAGAAAAGCCACAGCGCCAAGCUGCAACGGUUCGCUUCGGAAAAACACAUUUAUUUUUGACGGAAACCACGGAGGGUUAGGGUUGUGAAAUGGAAGGAAGGACUUUAACUGAUGUAAAAACUGAGAAUUAUUUCUUUAUUUUAAAAUCAAAGUUUCCAGAGCCAAUGCUUCAUUAAAAACUCCAACAGUUGAUGGCAUCUCAAUGUGUGCUGAAAGUAAAACCUGUGCUGGGCACAUUUAAGCUAAUGCGCUAAUCUGUCCUUGAGCGAUUAGCGAUUGCGUUUUGAUGAGCACCAGAAUCAAAACUAUCAACACAAAUCAAAUGUGUUGGUCAAUGUUUGAUUUAUUAAGGUUCCAAAAUAACUAAAAACUUUUAGCCUUGAUUUAAAGGAACUCCGUAUUUCAGCAGUUUUGCAGUUUUCUGGAUGUCUGUUCCAGAUUUGUGGUGCAUAGAAGCUUCAUGCUGCUUUUCCAUGUUUGGUUCUUUAGCUAACUUUGACAAUGUUUAGCACACUUAGCUUCUCAUAAACGAUUUUCCCACAUAUCGUCUAAAGAACUAAUGUACUUGGCUGUUUUGUAAACUUUCAAUUGAAUUAAAUUUGACGUAUGUGUUGAA